AAUACAUGUGUUGAAAUGCUGCCGGCGUUGGGGGGGCUGCGCGCGCCGCUUUAGACGCCGGAGGAGACGGGAGGACUCGGGCCGCCGGAGCUCUCCGGUUUCCCCCAAACAAUAGUCGACAGGACGCGAUGGUUGCCCUUUUUUUGGGGGAGGAGGGGGGGGUGGGGGGGCUUGUGGAACCGCAGGGAACUUUAGAACCCUCGUCGGCGCUAUUGUUGUCCUCGGGUCUGCGGAGGAAGAGUGUCGUGAACGCUAGAAGGAGAGAGAGAUGCGCGUGCAGGAGCGUCCAGUUUGAUUGUAGAGGCCGACGGGUUCGGACGUGUGUCUCCUCGCUUCAAGGACUGCUGGGACGUUAAACUCUUCUCUCUCCCCCCCCCCGGUAGUGAGUCCGCCCCUCGGCGUGGACCGUGCGUGUGCGUGCGUGUGUGUGUGUGUGUGUGUGUGUGUGUGUGUGUGUGUCGCUGCAGUACGGAUCCACGUUACCGCGCCCGAGCUACAAUGUGUCGGAGCCUCCAAAGUGAAACAGUGUAGCAACAGGCCCGCGGCGCCGCGCGUACCUGCCGGCUUCAGGCCGGGGCGGGGAGAAACGAGCCAGUUAAACCACCCCACGAAGAAUCCCACAGCAGCAGAUACACGGCGGCUCGUCACUCGUGUUCAGGCAUACGCUCGCGCUUUAGUUGAACUCUCUUUUUAAAGAGGAGGAUCCCGGGUGACGCUCAUUAAGUCGCAGGACACUGGGAUGAAUGGGAAACCUUAUCCAGCUCCUCGGCGGACCACACCCCUGUGGAUCGAGCGCUCCGUCGUACUCUCACUGACUGUUGUGGUUCAAGCCGGUGCUGCUCUGGGGUCGGGGUGUGGGACACGAGAGGAACGCAAGGCCCGGUGGACCAGGUCCCAGUCGCCUGAGCUCUGCCACCCACCGUCCUCCUCCUCCUCCUCCUCCUCCUCCUCCUCCCACCUCCCUCCAAGAUAGAUUCCCUCCGGAGCAAGGUUGACCUGCUCAAGCUGCCCCUGGUCCUCACCUCCAAGUCCAUCUCCGAGCGCAAGAGCCAGCUGGGAGGAGUCGGCGAGCAGCGGGGCACAGGGGGGGGAGGAGGAGGAGGAGGAGGCGGGGCUCGCAAAGCCCGCUCGCCGCCGACCCGAGACAUGGACAACGAGUCGCAGUACUCGGGCUACUCGUACAAGUCCUCCCACUCGCGGAGCUCCCGCAAGCACAGGGACCGGAGGGACCGGCACCGCUCCAAGAGCCGAGACGGCAGCAGCCGCGGAGACAAAUCCGUCACCAUCCAGACUCCCGGGGAGCCGCUGCUCGAUGCCGAGUCGACACGGGGGGACGAGCGGGAUGACAACUGGGGCGAGACCACCACGGUGGUCACCGGCACCUCGGAACACAGCGUCUCCAACGAGGACCUGACCCGCGUCACCAAAGAUCUGGAGGAGUCCACCCCGCUGCAGUGCAAGCGCUUCGUGGGCCCGGCGCUGGGAGGCUGCCUGAGCUUCUUCGCCCUGGUCACGCCUCUGGCCUUCCUCAUCCUGCCGCAGGUCCUGUGGCGCGACGCCCUGGAGCCCUGCGGCACGCCUUGCGAGGGCCUCUACGUCUCCCUGGCCUUCAAGCUCCUGGUCCUGCUCAUCUCCUCCUGGGCGCUGUUCCUCCGGCCUCCCCGCGCCACCCUCCCGCGCUUCUUCGUCUUCCGCUGCCUGCUGAUGGUGCUGGUGUUCCUCUUCAUCGCGUCGUACUGGUUGUUCUACGGCGUGCGGGUGCUGGAGCCCCGGGAGCGGGACUACAGGGGCAUCGUGGAGUACGCCGCCUCGCUGGUGGACGCGCUCCUCUUCAUUCAGUACCUGGCCCUGGUGCUGCUGGAGGUGCGGCACCUGCAGCCGGCCUUCUGCCUCAAGGUGGUCCGGAGCACCGACGGAGCCAGCAAGUUCUACAACGUGGGCCACCUCAGCGUCCAGCGGGCGGCCGUCUGGGUGCUGGACCGAUAUUACAGCGACUUCUCCGUCUUCAACCCGGCGCUGCUCAACCUGCCCAAGUCCAUCCUGUCCAAGAAGAUGACCGGCUUCAAGGUCUACUCCCUGGACGAAAGCACCACCAAUAACUCCUCGGGCCAGUCGCGGGCGAUGAUAGCGGCCGCCGCCCGGAGGAGAGACAACUCCCACAACGAGUUCUACUACGAGGAGGCCGAGAUGGACCGCCGGCUCCGCAAGCGCAAGGCCAGGUUGGUCGUGGCGGUGGAAGAGGCCUUCACGCACAUCAAGCGUCUCCACGACGACGAAGUGGCCUCGUCCCCCAAGCACCCCCGGGAGGUGAUGGAUCCCCGGGAGGCGGCUCAAGCCAUCUUCGCGCCGAUGGCCCGAGCCAUGCAGAAGUACCUGAGGACCACGCGGCAGCAGGCCUUCCACAGCAUGGAGAGCAUCCUCACACACCUGCAGUUCUGCAUCACGCACAACAUGACGCCGAAGGCCUUCCUGGAGCGAUACCUCUCCCCCGGCCCCACCGUGCAGUACCAGCAGCAGACCGGCAGGGGGCGCCAGUGGACGUUGGUGAGCGAGGAGCCGGUGACCUCGGCCCUGCGGCAGGGCCUCGUCUUCUCCCUGCGGCGCCUGGACUUCUCCCUGGUCGUCACGGUGACGCCGCUCCCCUUCCUGCGUCUCGGGGAGGAGUUCGUCGACCCGAAGAGCCACAAGUUCGUCAUGAGGCUGCAGUCGGAGACCUCGGUGUAAAGUCGGGAGGGGGGGGGGUCAACGCGGUCCACGACUCCCAUCCCAUAAUUCACCCCCUCGCCCCCCCCCCUGUGGGACGGAGGAACCUUUUCGAGGAGAGUCCGACUCCUCUUCACAGACGCUGCGACGUCAAACUGUGAUCAGCUCGAUGUUGAAACCUGGAAUUAAACCGAUGCCUUCGCCGUGACGCAUUUGUCUCUUCACGAAAAACAAAACCACACUCUUCUUAUUCUCUCUCUCUCUCUCUCUCUCUCUCUCUCUCUCUCUCUCUCUCUUUUUUGGCCUCAUCCGUAACCACAGGACUACUUUUACUGCGCUGACUCGGCGGAGGAAGAGGAGGAUUACGUCACACGUGUCACUUCCUCUUUUCUCGCGUCUGGAGCUUCCUCUCUGCUGCCGGUCGCAUGACAAGGACGGGUUUUUAUAUCAAAGUGUGUUUACACUCGCAGAAUGUAGCGCCGUGUGCUUUUCACCUGACUGUAAAGAGAAGAUCGUUCCCUGAGCUUCUCCAGACUCUCUGAUCACGGUGGUCUAAAUAUUAUUUUUUAGUUUUUUUCAUUCUACACUGGCAUUUUCUUUUUAUUAACAAGAAGACUACACAAAGACCUCCAGCGGUGCCUGUUUUUAUCACGCGAUCUUAAGCGGCUUACUUCACCUGCGUAUGGAUGUAAAAGCAUAAGCCUGGUGUUGUUCUCACUGUCAACAAACCCCGCGAAAAUAUACCAGAAGACCAACGACGUGUUUUCAAUAUUUUCUGGCUUCUCAAAAAAAAAACUGAAAAUCAAUUCUUUUGACAUGCAUAUACUUUACAAACGUGUACCUUUUUAAAAUAAAAAAUAGAAAUGAGCCUAAAUAAUAACAGCCAUUGAUGGACUCUUAUUUUUAGCGAGCUAGUGAGAAUUACAUUAAUAUCUCUCCCAGUGCAGCUGUUGGUUUCAUAUCGGGUUGAUAAUGUGGUUUCAGCACGAUCAAUAGAUUAUUUUGUCCUUUUUUGGGAUAUUUUCAUGUGAUUUUAUUGAGAAUAAUAAAACUAUAGAUGCAUGCAGAGCGUCCUUUUGGAUUGGCUAAAUCAGACGGAUAUUAAAAAGAACCAUUAACUUGAAAA